AUGUGCCACCAAAAGGCCAUUUUCAAAAAUGCCGUCAUGUCGGAGAUGCAUCAGGACCCAGUAGAGUGCGCUAUGCAGGUGCUGGAGAAACGCAACAUCGAGAAGGGCAUCGUGAUCCACAUCAAGGAGGAGUUUGACGAGAAGUGCAAGCCCACCUGGCACUGCGUCGUGGGGAGAAACUUCAGUAGCUAUGUGACACGUGAAACUAAGCACUUCAUCUACUUCUACCUGGGUCAAGUGGCCAUUCUUCUGUUCAAAUCUGGUUAA